UAUAAUUACAUCCGUUAAAUCUCGUCGCUCGCGCACAAAAAUUGCUCCAAGGAAGAAAGGGGAGCGGAGAUCCCGAUCGACGAUGAUCCAUUUUGUAAUUCUUAUUAGUCGACAAGGGAACGUGAGAUUGACAAAAUGGUAUUCUCCAUAUCAGCAAAAGGAAAGAUCCACGGUCAUCCGGGAGCUUAGUGGCCUUAUUCCGACAAGAGGCCCAAAGCUUUGCAAUUUUGUUGAGUGGAAGGGAUACAAAGUUGUGUACAGAAGAUAUGCCAGCCUAUACUUCUGCAUAUGCAUUGAUCCAGAUGACAACGAACUGGAAAUUCUUGAGAUUAUUCAUCAUUUUGUGGAGAUACUAGACCGUUAUUUUGGCAGUGUAUGUGAGCUUGAUUUGAUCUUCAAUUUCCAUAAGGCAUACUAUAUCCUGGAUGAAAUUUUGAUUGCUGGGGAACUUCAGGAAUCAAGCAAGAAAACUGUUGCACGUCUUAUAGCUGCACAGGACUCACCGGUGGAAACUGCCAAGGAAGAAGCCAGUUCAAUAAGCAACAUGAUGUCGCAAGCAAUGUGAUUGCAGUUGCCAAGUAGGGUAAGCUGGAUGGUUUUCUACUGUUUGAUGUAUUUUUUGACCUCGUCAGCCCAUGGAAGAAGAAAGCAAUUCACAGCCUCAAUUUAUUUGUCUAAUCUAAGUGUUAUCAUAAUUAUGAUUCUUGCUGCCUGGCUCAGUUGUUGUUAUACAAUUUUAUGCAAAUAUGUGUCAUUCUUUUUCCAA